UCCGACACUUCAACCACCAAGACCUCAACCUCAAUCUCUCAAUUAUCAAAGACUUUCCAGGUACUAAGUUUCGCAAUUCAAGGCACUGACGGAAUCAUGUUCGCCAUCCAGCCACAGCAACACCCCGAAACCAAGGAAAACAGCGCCGCAGAUACUUGCACGCCAAAUAUCCUCCCUUGCAAAGUCCACUACGAUGGCCCUGUGAAAUCACUCAAGCGAUACUGGACCCCCAGUGCAGACGAAAAAGAUACAAAUCUCCAAACUGCCUACUUCCGAGGCCGUAAAUUGCGAGGCCGCCGCGUCGCUAUCCCAGAGGGAUACGAAGGGGUUGUAGUCACGCAAACAGAUCGCGUCAUGCCGACUCCACGAAAAGACGUGGCCAUUGUGGAUGAGGACGCCGAACCAGAAGAACCUGUGGAGAUUCUAGAGAGGCAGGCUACUUUCGGGGAUUAUAUAGUCUGGGGACAUGAAACGAUUCCAGCUGCGGAUGACCCCUUCGUAAAAGGGGUCGAAGAGUGGGUGAGAUUUGCAGAAGCGAUGCACUCCCAACAUGGUCAAGAAAAGUAGUUCUCUACUUGAGUGGAUAACUCAUUCAUAUUGACGACUUCAAAUCCACGCGGCUAUAGAUGACAUCGAGCGCGGUGCGCGAUCAAGUCAGCUUCCGGUGUGGACGCGCUUCGAUAUAGCCAGCUAAUUCCCAGCCCUGGGGCCCCUGGAAACACAAGGCCGUCCACAGCGCAAGACAUGAUACCGACGAGAAAGCCUUCAAGAAACAGUGAUGAGCGCUGGCACCUAGUUCGCGGUACUCGGGCUUAUUUCCGAUUGCCAUCUGUCAGACUGCUAUCGACGGUAACUAGGCACAUAUUCUAUGUAGACUAAAGCAAAUCAAUCCUACUCCC